AGGCUUCUCUAUUCCUGGGAAUGAUCGCCCGGUUUCCUGCGAUCGCUAGGGUAACCUUUAUUCGACAACUAUCAUCGCUACGCAUCUGCUAUUACAUACAUAGGUCAUGCGUCAGCAUGUGCCAGGAACGCUCUGGCAUGCACCACGAUGUUCGUCGGUUGGUGUAUCUGUUUUCUCGCUGGUUUUCAGGCUAAGAACACACGUGAAGCGGACCCGCAAGGCGACGACGGUCGGUUUCCAGACACAUCUAGCUCAACAAGGAAGUCAACUAGCCCCGACCGCGAUCAGGGCAAACCCGCCAACGCGUCGCGGCGGUUCUGACCUGCGUAUCAUGACAUCACAUCUACGAUUUGGCAACGUGGACACGCUGUGACCCGGAGAGGCCAGAUCACCAUCAUGUGCUGCUUCGUCUUCUGGUCGACUGACCGAGAGUCCAUGUGGACCAUGCCAGGCGCUCACGCAUCAAGUUACUUCGCUUCUUCUGAAGCGCAUGGGCUCGCGCAGUCUACUACCAACCUUCAGGUAUAAAAGGCGGAGGCCCGCGAGAGAGCGGGCCAGCAGACUUCGCUCUCGCCGCUUGCCGCCACAUCCCUCAUAGCUCUCCAGACAUGAAGGCUCUCUCCGCUGUUGUCGCCCUCGCCGUCGCUGGGACCGCUUCGGCGCGUACGUUCACGAUCUACAACCAGUGCCCCUUCACUAUCUGGGUUUUUGACCUGUUUUCUUCCUUCGACAGAUGGGCUCAGGAUGCAUACCAGACCGUGUCAUUCUACGUACCCGACAACUGGCUGGCUGGCCGUAUCUGGGCUCGCCGUGACUGCGAUUUCAGCACCAACCCCGGCCCCAACUCCUGCCUGGACGGUGGCUGCAACGGCGGUCUCGAAUGCGACCCUCACACCGGUACUGGCGUUCCGCCCGCGAGUCUCGCUGAAUUCACCCUCGGCAUCAAUGGCUUGCCCGACAACUACGACGUUUCCUUGGUCGACGGUUACAAUUUGCCCAUUCGGGUCAGCAACAACGCCGGCUGCCCCGUUGCUGACUGCCCGGUCGACCUCGGCCCCAAUUGCCCCGCACCCCUCAAGGGUCCCUUCGACUCCUCCGGCUUCCCUGUCGGCUGCAAGUCGGCUUGCUUGGCUGGCCUGGGUGGUGACCCCGCCAACAACUACGACUGCUGCACGGGUUCGCACAACACCGCAGCGACGUGCCCGUCGUCCAACGUCGACUACUACUCGUACUUCAAGAACAACUGCCCCAACGCGUACGCGUAUGCGUACGACGAGGCCAGCGGCUCUUCUCUCUACACUUGCCCUGCCAACCUUGCUGCCGACUACACCAUCACGUUCUGCCCUUGA